AUGGAGGACAGCACGACGAGGCUCGCAUCCGAGCUGCUCUACAAGCUUGCCGAGCUCGACCAGAAGGUCAACGAGUACCGCCUAGACAUGGCGCAAGAAUUCCACCGAUAUUCACGCCAAUUACUACAGCAUGUGCCCGACCAUGUCACCCGACAAGUCGAACAAGCCAUUGCCAGCGAGAUGCAGAACUAUCCCGCACUGAGACCGGCCCUCCGUCUCGAACCCGCGACUGACUCACCACCGCCAGCUGAGGACGACGACGACCGAGGCGCAACAUCUGGCAGUCGCUCGCCACCGCCAGUCUUGCCUCACACAUCUGGAAUGCCACCCGGAGACGGUGUGCGCAGCCCACACGAACGCGAACGCGAAUUCCACGGUGUGUUCACGCCGAGCUACCUCACCUUGCUUGAUGCUAUGCAGCAACGCAGCAGCCACGAGCCCACCACCAUCACCACCACCAACAUCAACACACCUCCUACACCGCCUCAAACACGUGAAAACAGAGAUCCUAACAAGUACGAAGACGCGUCUCUUCCACCAAAGCUCGAGGCUCAGCCAUCGCGCCCCAAUCCUGUCCGCCGAGCGACCGAAGAGACCAUAUCCUCGACAGCCUCUGAUGAUAGUGCAUCCCGCUCUCGAAGAAGGAGUGCUCUCCGUCGGUCCUCAAGCUCAUCCGCCAAGACCAGUCCUAGGCAUGUCCGCUUCGAGGUCGAAGGCCAAGAAGUCUUACCGACCGCAUCGCCGCCUGCAGUCUCGCCUCGAUCAGCAAUCUUACUACCGGCUCCACCAGGGAGCUCCACAAGCCUGCUGAAUGAGUCACCCAACGCCAGCUUCGUGGAUGAACAGAUCAGCUUAUUAGGCAGCUCUCCCCCAAGGCCGAAGAAGGUAACAUCGACCGACCGCCUGAAGGCAAUGACGAGGAACUCAACCGAAGACACUUCGCAAUGGACCAUUGUCGGCAACUCGCAGGCCUCGGAUGACGAGGAAGACGAGUUGAUCAUGCCGCGCUCGAGCAGCAAGAAACUGGCAGCAGAGGCCAAGUCGCACACCGAAGGAGUGGCUGAUUUAGAUAGUGAUGUUCGCCGCCCAACUCAACCUGGACAUGAUUUGGAGAAUCUGUACGAGCCCAAUGUGGGCACACCAAACGGCGAGGAUGACGAGGGUGACGAGGGUGACGAUGGUGGUGAUGAUGAUGGCGACGGCGGUGACGACGACGGCGACGAUGGUGAACUCGAGAUGCAUCCGUUAAGCUCGUUCAAGGGUAAGAAACGGUUUUCGCCCCCUGAGGAUACCGUCUUCGAGGCCGAACCCGAACCCGAAUUUGAACCUUAUAGAUCAAGAGAUGCAGGACGCCCACAGAAAUCGGCCAUGAAACCACCGAAGCCCAAGAUUGUCGCCACUUGUGCGGAUGAUGAGUCGGAAGCCGACGCUGAGGACAUGUUUGACUUUGAGGACAGCCGUGGUGGCUCGGCAAAAAGGAACGGCAAAGCCAAGGUGGUUCCCAAGUAUAUCGAAGAUGAGGAUAGUGAUGAGGACGAAAGCGAGAUCACCCCGACGGCCGAAACUCCAACUGGGGAGACGUCACUGGCUCAAUACUCUAGGUCACCCGCAGUUCGGAUCGCCAAGCCUAAAGUUUCGUCACCUGCACCGGCAAGUACCAAACAAGCAGCCGGCUCUGUAGGAUCGUACAUGGGCAAGCCAUUUUCGAUCAGUAGCGUCCGCGACAAGGAGCUGUACAAGAGGGCUGCUGCGAUGGGCGAGUUCAGUUCUUUCGUUGGCAGUGUUGAUGGUCGAAGUGGGCCGGACGAGUCGAGUAGUUAUCGACCCGAACCGACUUCUUUUGACGGCAGACCGAGGAGCUUCAGCGAACGCCUAAUGAAGGAGGAGCUAGAAGAGGCACAACGAAGUUCGGGCACCUCGAAUGACUAG